CUGUUGCUGAGCGUGGGCAAUUUCGAAUAGACAUUUAGGAAGUUUGUUCAGCUGACUAAUUAACACUGAAACAACGCACUGACUUGACUAUCUCUAGCUCUGGACUACACAGGGAAGGCUUACCACAUUGCAUCUAUAUAUGGAGAAUAUUACGAUAAUUAAUCCCACUUAAUCGCGGUGAGGAAUGCAAGAUAAUUGGCGACGGUUGAGCAGACGACAGCUUGUAGGCGGAGAGUGACAGUUUUCAAGCCUUCGUUGUGUUUGUGACAAUUCAUUGGCAGGAUGUACCGCGCAUCGCAGAAAUGUAACCCCUAAUGGCUACACUACCGGUGUGUAUACCAAGGCCAACAGCAAGUGAGACAACAGCAACAGCAUGGAGAAACAGCCUCUCCAUGGCAACACAUCCGGGGGCUAUGCUCGAGAACCAUUCUUCCUGGCCAAUAUCACUAUCAUCUGCAGAUUGUGGGGCCUCGCCACCAUUGCAGUGCUGUGGGCCGGAGCCGUGACGACCAUACAGUCCGGCCACGACCAGUACUACGUGGGCUGGUACCUCGUAGGAGCCGGCGUUUUGGUUACUUGGUAUGAAAUAACCUGGUUCUUUGACAAGUCAGCCUGUUGUCUACGUGAAGGAUGCUGCUGCAAGUGCUGGUCCAUCAUGAUGUGGGUGGACAACUGGAAGAAGGGCAUCCUUUACCUGGCUCUGUCCAUCCCGACCUUCAUCAGCGGCAUGAGGAUCAUACUUGGCAUGGUCAGCGGCUUCCUGCUCAUCAUCCUGGGUUGUCUGUACAUCGUGAAGACCUUCAAGUACGGCAUCGUCUACACCAAGCAUGAGACGCGCUACGUGAGCACGGCGACGCCGACAGUGAGCAUGGUGACCCACGAGAUCUCCACUCAAACCGACGACGACAUGUACUACAGUCUCCUGGCGGAGUAUCAACGUCGGCAGCAGGAGCAGGAGAACCUCCAACAGCUGAGGCAGAUGCCGUGACACGCUUCAUAGCGCUAGGAGAUGUGUGGGUGGUGGAAGGGGGCAGGUUGUAAACUUGAGAUAUGAGGGAGGGUGGGAGACCCGCGUCAAGCUGAACUAAAUGAAUAGAUAA